GGACACAGCGAUGCUCCCCGCAGGAGAACCAUCACAGCUGGGCGCAGCGUCCUUCCUCGCUCCUGUAGUGACCUCUCUGCGGUUGACACAGAGUUGGAAAAAACUGGAAGAGCUCCGUUCUGCCAGAGGAGAUUCCUAAAGGUGCGCAACGAAAACGUACAUGGAAGCCAAUGGUGCCAGACAUCGGGAAGCACUGUGCAGACGGUGAGCAGACACGUAGCAAAGAGCAUUCCAGGUAGUGCUUCCCACACACGGUCAAGCUCAGCUCUGAGGAAAGUGGCACAACUGGAGAGCAAAAUCAUGAAUCGAAAAAAGCAGAUGGAAUUGCAAAAGACUGAUUUGGGCCAGAAGCCUUUGGAUGAAGAGUCCUUCUCAUCUGCUUCCAGUCAUGAACACAGUGCAAGGGGCAAAAAAUAUCUGAAGAAUUAUGCUACCGCCAGUGGAAAUAUGACCCUCAGUAAUGCCUGUUCUAAGGAAGAGGAAAGCAUCCAAAGCCCUAAAAAGAAUGUUAUGGUUAAACAGCAGCUUGAUUUGGAUAGCGAUGAAGAGGAAAUGAGACAACUGAUGGAGAGCUCUUUGGAGUUUUCCCGUGGAAAUGAGAAUCAGAGCGUUGUUGCAAGUGAUUCUAAACGGGGUGGAAAGAGUAAGACUCGAGUUUCAUCCGGAAUGCCUCCUCUGUCUCAUAAGGAAAUUUCACUGACAGAGGUAUCUAAAACAUCUUCUUUUCAUAGCGAAGACUCGGAGAAAAAUGUUUUUGGUAGAGUUAAUUCACCAACACCUUCACCAGCCGGCAGAAACCUGUCAGUACAACAUAAUACGAGAUCUCAAUCGCUGUCUUCUUCCAUGAAAGACAAUACUGUAAAGAUUACUCUGCCUAGAAUAGGCAACACCAAGCAAAGCCAAAUAUCACUUGAAAGUGACAGAAGUGAAAUAAAAUCAUUAGAUGAAUUGUUUUCAAAAGCAGCAGAUGCAGAAGAUUCAAUUAGCAGCAGCUCAAAUGACUUCAGACUGAAUAUCCUGACCCUUGAUGAUUUGGCACCAAACAUCACCAGUGAGACAGGAGAAUUAAAGCAGAAAGGGACAGACAUUCAAAUUACUCAAGAAUCAAACAGAAAUAAAAAAAAAGAUACAUUCCUGGUAGAAAAGGACCAAGUGUCUCUUAAAAUGACAAGUGCAGUAACUGGUGUGAAUGAUGCUUCUGAAGGGGAUAUUGAAAAAACUGUGACUGAAGCUGAAAUCUCUGAGCAUUUAAGUGGAGUUUCUGCAGAUUUCCCUAGACACAAACAGGAUUAUUUUGAUCAUGAUGAGAGAACAGUUAAUUCAGAAUAUUCUGAAGACUUUGAAAGGUCUCUGUCUACAACAGAUGGGGAAUCUGUAUCGAAAAUGUCAGAGGAACAUUCUGAGAGCUGCACGUAUUCUGGGAAACACCCGUCUUCAGCAUCGUCGCCUUUAUUUACCAGAGAGCGGCAUGACCGCAUACACAGAGUAACUGUCAAAGAAAGGGCGGUCCAGACAGCGGAUCCUCCAUUCACCUAUUGCUGGUCAAAGACAAACGCCUCUGCAGCGCUUGACCCACCUGUAGGAAACAGCUACAUUGAUCCAGUACCUAUUGCCAGUCACGUCAUCAGCAUGGAUGCAGUAGAAGCCUUGACAGCAUACAGCCCGUCAGUUCUUGUUUUAAACGCCAUGUUGAAACAGCACUUAGUGUUGACUCAGCAGUUUGUAGAGAACAUUCACCACCUUCACGUCUCCCUGGUGGAGUCAUUAGAGAAUGAGAAGUUCCACUACCAUACCCUGGAAGAGGCUAAAGAGUACAUCAAGAAUCAUAAAUCCCCACCUCUAACAAUUGAGCAAGCACGUGAAGAAAUUCGGAAAGCACAGGAGGAAAAACUGCUUUGA